ACUAGGACCCCCAGGUCCCUUUCUUCAGCACAUCUCUCCAACCUCUUGUUCCCUACUCUAUACAUACAACCAGGAUCGCCCUGUCCCCGGUGCAGAAUCCAGCACCUUCAUAUGGCUGGUGAUUGCCCAUCUCUCUAAUUUGUUGAGGUCUCUCUGCAGGGCCUAUCUGCCCUGGAGGGAGUUGACAACUCCUCCCAAGUAGCUUAGUGUCAUCAACAAAGAGUAUUCUCUUGAGUCCUGCAUCCAGGUCAUUAAUGAAGAUGUUGAAGAGCACAGGGCCUAAGAUGCAGCCCUGCUGAACCCCACUAGAGACAGGUUGCCAGCCUGAUGUUACUCCAUAUUGACUAUAACCCUUUGUGCCCAACCCCUUAGCCAGUUGUGGUUAUUCAGCUGUAUGCUAGAUAAUUUGUUGUGGCCAAACUGAUAAUGUUCAUACUGGGGCAUUUUAAGUUUCAAUGAGUCUAGUCACUGAGCUGGCAUCAAAAUUUAUUGUAUCCUUUUUAGAAAGUUUAAUCCUUCCUCAAAAGGAGCACCUACCGAUGCAUGGGGUUACAGAAUUAAACAACUGAGAUUUAGCUUUUCAUAUGCUGCUUUACACCCUCGUUAUCACUGUGUUUACAGGAAAUGCCUCUGACAGAAGCUAGGUGGUACAUGCACACAUUUCCAGUCAGUUGGUGUUGACACUGGGUGCCUGCAGCCACCAAAGAAAUACUGGGUUGAGCAAAGGGUUUGCAGGCUCUUGCCCAACAACCUGUGUUUUUUAUCUCUGUAGUUCCUCAUACCCCUUCCUCUUUUUACCACUUUAUGUUAAGGCGAAGCAUGUCCUUUAGGAUGAUAAAAGCAGUUCCACAAUUUAUCAUAACAUCAUUUUUGUCAGUAGUCUGCCAAAGAAAAAAAUUACUGUUACCACAGGAGGCAAAAUAACAUGUUGUGAAUCACUGAGGAGAGAUACUGUAGGAGGCCACAAAAUAAAGCCACAGUUUUCAGAAAUGUGCAUUACAAAUACCUAUCAUGAUGUGUGACUUACACGCUUAUCAGGAAAAAGUCUCUGAAGUUUCUCAUUAAGUGGAGCUUGUGGAAGGGUAGCGUCAUAGGGGAAUCAUGAUAGCUGGAGAUUGUUUUACCCAUGAGAGAUGGUGAUUUUGACUGUAACGUGGAUCUUGCGCUGUCGGUUUUGUGGAUUCUGUACAAGACCAUUGAAUCAUUGAAGUGUUAAAUCAUGAAUGAGUUGUGGUAUGCUAACCCAGUAAGGAUUAGAACAAAGAUGGACAGAUAGAAAAGUUUUGAACAUCUCCAAGGAAACAAAAAGCAGUAUGUCAGAAAAUACGAGCUCUCUUAGAAACUUUUUUGUUUACAAGUGUCUGUUUGCAUUAACUUUUUGGAACCAUGUCAGCCUGUCUGUGGAAAAUGAACCCCUUACACCUGUUUCUAACAGUUUUCCAGAAAAUAGUUCUGACCAAAAAAUCAAGAGCCUGCCACUCCUAUAUACAAAUAGACAUCAGUCCAAAUCUAGUUUUGACUGGGUUGUGAUACAAAAUACUACAGAAAACCUGUCGUUGUCAGAAAUCACAAAUGACAAUGUAAAAAAAUUGGUAGUUUUAUUAUCUAAUUUCAGACAAGGCUCUGAGUUACAAAAUCUGACACUGACAAAUGUGUCAGUGGACUGGAGUGCUCUCAUGGAUAUUUUUCAGACUGUAUGGCAUUCAUCCAUUGAAUACUUCAACAUUAGCAGGGUCACUCAACUGUCGGAUGUCGAAAGCUAUGACUUUGACUAUUCAGGUACCUCUAUGAAGGCACUGACAGUGAAGAAAAUUAAAAUCACAGAUCUGUACUUCAAUCAGGAUGACUUGUACAGAAUAUUUGCAGACAUGAAUAUUGCAGACAUGACGAUAGCUGAAUCAGAGAUGAUUCAUAUGCUUUGUCCUUCAUCUGUUAGUCCCUUUAGACACUUAAAUUUUUUAAAGAAUGAUUUAACAGACUUACUUUUUCAAAAAUGUGACAACCUAACUCAACUGGAGACAUUAAUCUUGCAAUGGAAUAAAUUUGAGAGCCUUCUCAAGGUAAGCUUCAUGACCAGCCGUAUGAAAUCACUGAAUUAUCUGGACAUGAGCAACAACUUGCUGCGCCACGACGGAGCUGAUGUACAAUGCCAGUGGGCUGCGUCUCUGACAGAGUUGGACCUGUCCUCCAAUCAGUUGGCAGAUGCCGUCUUUGAAUGCUUGCCAGUCAACAUCAAAAAACUCAACCUACAAAACAAUCAGAUCAACAGUGUCCCAAAGGGGCUGGCUGAUCUAAAAUCCUUGGAAGAACUAAGGGGAACACCUAGUGGCCGAUUAAAUUAUCACUGUUUCCUGAAAAUGAUAGCUCGGUCUAGAACAUACACAAUGAUUUUUGAGUCAGGAAAACUGAAAGAGAUAAUCGUAUCAGCCCAGCAACUGCAGUAG